GCGGAAGUAUUGAAAAAAAACCAAAACAACUCAAAUGAGAACUAUUUAUCAGGAGUAUUAUUCAUUUUUCAGGACUAAUAUAAACGUUUAUCAGAACUAUCAUCAGUUUUAUCAGGUUUAUUUGGACUUUUAUCAGGUUAUUUUCAUAGAUCCAUGACUCGGGCGCAAUGCAUGAGGCGCAGUGUUGUUCUUAAUCUUAACAAAACACUCUUAUAAAACAUAAACUAGCCCGAGCCCGUUGUGGUUCUUUGUUCGGGUUUUGUUUUGUUUUGACUCCACUCGCCACAGCCUUUGAAUACAACCAGGAGGAUGAGCAGCCCCAUGGUCGGGUCCAAAGAAAGAACCGCCUCCAAAAGCAGCUUCAUCCCAGAGCUUCAGAGCAUGAUGUUUGCUCUGGGCGACGCUCGCAGACCUCUUCAGGAAACAGCUGCUCUGAUGGAGGAUGUCGUUCAUUCUCAGCUCGUUACUUUGCUCCAUCUGACCAGUGAGGUGGCCACUCUGCGAGGGUCAAGGGUCAUUUCAGCCGAGGACAUUAUAUUUGUGAUGAGGAGAGAUAAGAGAAAAGUGGCGAGGUUAUUAAAAUACCUCCAGUUCAGAGAUUAUAAAUCAAAACUCAUGAAAAGUUUGGAGGACGAUGAGCCACAGACAGAUUCAGACAGGUGGGGCUCCAGUUCCUCGGGUGGGACUCAGCGGAGGCAGCGUUUGGCCCAGGACUACCUGCUGUGGAUGGACCAGACCGGAGAGCUGUUGGCUCUGGCAGAGAAGUCUGAGCCGGACCUGGUCAAACAGGAGCGUCUGGAGCGUUUAGAGCGACAAACCCGGACCAUGGACCAGGCCCAGUACUCAGAGUUCUGCGAGAGUCGUCAGCUCAGUUUUGCAAAAAAAGCCUCAAAGUUUCGGGACUGGUUGGACUGCAGCAGCCUGGAGCUGAAGCCCAACACUGUUGCCAUGGAGAUACUGUCCUACUUGGCGUAUGAGACAGUCGCCCAGAUCGUGGACCUGGCUCUUUUGGUGAGGCAGGAGAUGACGGCAAAGAUCGACGCUGUCAGUCAUGUGAUCAGUGCAAGUUACAUUCAGUACCAGCCGCCACACGAGGUGAAGAAAGAUCCAGAUUCACCUGAAGCCACGCCCCCAUCCACUCCUGGCUCCUCCCACUCCACAAAGUCUCUGUCGCAGGGCAAUGGCAGUCUGGACGGACGCUCGAGGCAGAGAAAACGCAAAAAGAGCAGUGCUGUUGCAGCAGAUCCACCAAGUGGCGCUCUCCAGCCCUGUCACAUCAGAGAGGCCAUUCGAAGAUACAACUACAGACACAUGAGCGCCUACGGGAGGAACGGAAUGGCUCUUUUUGUUUGCUAAAACGAUUGUAUGUUUCUUGUUUUGAAAUAAAGUUUGAAUUCAU